AGGAAGUGACCGUCCGACGGGAAGCUCACCUCCUUCUUCCUCCUCUUCUUCCUCCUCUUCCUCUUCCUCUUCUUCGUGUGUGUCCGGGUAGCUGCCACACGACGUCCAGCGUGAGAGGAGAUGUGCCCUUGGAAACAUGGAGCAGUGAAGGGGAAGCCAUGAUGCUGCGUCCGGCCGUGUCCAGACCCCGAAGACCCGCUGUACGAGGAGCCGGUUACCUCCUCCAUGCCCAGUCAUCCUCCUUCCUCUCCAUGACAGAGGAACUUUUCUUGGAUGCCGCAGAAUACGGAAACGUCCCUGAAGUGAGGCGGAUGCUGGAGGAGCUUCCACACCUCAACGUCAACUGCGUGAACUACAUGGGCCAGAGUGCAUUGCAGCUGGCAGUGGCCAACGAGCAUCUAGAGGUGACCAAGCUCCUGCUGAGGAAGAAGGACCUCGCUAGAGUAGGCGAUGCUUUGCUGUUGGCCAUCAGCAAAGGCUACAUCCGCAUAGUGGAGGCCAUCCUGGGUCACCAGGCCUUCGCCGACAGUGAGAGACUCACCGACAGCCCGGGCCGGGCGGAGUCACACGACGACUUCUUUGCCUACGACGAGGACGGCACACGUUUCUCUCACGACAUCACUCCCAUCAUCCUGGCGUCGCAGAGCAACGAGUAUGAGAUCGUGCACAUCCUCCUGACGAAGGGCGCCCGCAUAGAGCGGCCUCAUGACUACUUCUGUCAGUGCAGAGCCUGCAGCGAGCAGCAGAGAUACGACGCCUUCAGCCAUUCACUGUCCAGGAUCAAUGCGUACAAAGGUCUGGCCAGUCCGGCGUAUCUGUCUCUCUCUAACGAGGACCCGGUGAUGGCAGCGCUGGAGCUGAGCAACGAGCUCGCUGUCCUGGCAAACAUUGAGAAGGAGUUCAAGAACGAUUAUAACAAACUGUCCAUGCAGUGCAAAGACUUUGUGGUCGGACUCCUGGAUUUGUGUCGGAGCACCGAGGAAGUGGAGGCCAUCUUAAACGGGGACCGCGACUCGUGUCAAAGCCACGAGACCUUCGGCAAACAAAGCCACAUCAGGCUGAAACUCGCGCUGAAGUAUGAAGUUAAAAAGUUUGUAGCUCAUCCAAACUGCCAGCAGCAGCUCCUCUACAUCUGGUACGAGAACUUCUCCGGACUCCGUCAGCAGAACACAGCGGUGAAGGUCCUGCUCGUCCUGGGUGUAGCAGUCGGGCUGCCAAUCCUGGCCUUCAUGUACUGGAUCGCACCUUCCAGUAAGUUGGGGAAACUCAUGCGUGGACCCUUCCUGAAGUUCGUGGCCCACGCUGCUUCCUUCAUGAUAUUCCUCUGCCUGCUGGUCCUGAACGCCGCCGACCGCUUCGGGGGAACGUCGCUGCUGCCCAACAUGACCGUCCACGACCACCCGGCCCAGCUGUUCCGUAUGAAGACCACCCCCUUCACCUGGAUGGAGAUCCUCAUCAUAUCCUGGGUCAUAGGGAAGAUCUGGGAGGAAUGUAAAGACAUUUGGUCGCAGGAUAUCCGGGAGUACAUCUCCGAACCCUGGAACCUUCUGGACUUCAGCAUUUUGGCCAUAUUCAUGACGUCUUUCAUCGCCCGGUUGAUGGCGUUCUGGCACGCGUAUUCUGCUCAGUGUUACGUUGACGAGCACUUCACCGACCUGUCCAACAUGAGCCUGCCCUCCGACAUACAAUACUUCCAGCUGGCUCGGAUCAACUGGAUGCCCUCGGACCCGCAGCUCAUCUCCGAAGGCCUCUACGCCAUCGCAGUGGUGCUGAGCUUCUCUCGCAUCGCCUACAUCCUGCCGGCCAACGAGAGCUUCGGGCCGCUGCAGAUCUCUCUGGGACGCACAGUGAAAGACAUCUUUAAGUUCAUGGUGGUCUUCAUCACAGUGUUUGUGGCUUUCAUGGUGGGAAUGUUCAACCUGUACUCGUACUACCUCGGAGCCAAGCACAACGAUGCGUUCACAACGCUCGAGGAGAGCUUCAAAACGUUAUUCUGGGCCAUCUUCGGAUUGUCUGAAGUGAAGUCCGUGGUCCUGAAUAUCGACCACAAGUUCAUCGAGAACACCGGCUACGUUCUGUUCGGGGUGUACAACAUCAUCAUGGUGAUUGUGCUGCUCAAUAUGCUCAUCGCCAUGUUCAACAGCUCCUUCCAGGAAAUACAGAGCGACGCUGAUGUCGAGUGGAAGUUUGCUCGAGCCAAACUGUGGUUCUCGUACUUUGAGCACGGCGUCACGCUGCCCGUGCCCUUCAACCUGGUUCCCAGCCCCAAGUCUGUCAUCUCCCUCCUGCUGGGGAUCAGAGGAUUCCUCCGUCCUGCACCUCAGGGCAAAAACAAAGAGAGUUCAAACGAUGAGACGGAGCUCAACAAGUUGAGGCAACAGGAGGAUCUGAGCGUGGCAGCGUCUAUUUGUCCGACUCACCACCAGCAGAUAAUGAACCGCCUCGUCAAGAGAUACAUCGUGAAAGCACAAACGGAUAAAGACAACGACGAAGUAAAAGAAGGUGAGCUGAAAGACAUAAAGCAAGACAUCUCCAGUCUGCGCUACGAGCUGCUGGAGAGGCAGAGCCAGGACACGGAGAUGCUGACUGAGCUCAUCGGGAAACUGGGAGACGUCAUGCGUGUUCAGCAGGAAGAAGAGUAGAGGCCCAAGCUGGCUUCUUCAAAACGUAAUGUCAAUAUCAAGAUCCGGACACGCCGCACUCGUCUCAUUAUUGAGGAAUCGAGGGUCAAAAGGCCUUAAUGCUCAGACGUGGACAUUCAGAAUGUUAAAUAUGGAAACCUUCCCUUAGUGUAGCGUCACAUUCUCCUCCUCCCCGUCUCUGUACAGAUAAACAACAUGGUGGCACUGGUGGAACACGGUUUUUCUUGCUGCACAACCUCUGUUUUCCUCAUAUCUACUGCUGAUUACUCACAUAUCAUGUUCGCAUAGUGUGAUUUGAGGGAGAGUUGUAAUAGUAAAAUCAGUUGUGAUAAAACAGACGUAUGAGUCUGGAUAAAAAACAAAGGAAACGAUUGCUGGUGAUAGCGGCCCCUCGGACAUUCCUGUGUUUCUCCUUGUUUCUAAUGUCGUGUUUUAUUGAAGCGUUGAUCCCUAACAUCAACUGAAUAUAAUUAAAAAAUCUAUGCUGAUUGCUUUCAUCUCAGGGCACAGAGGGGUUUUAUGGCUUCCUCACAUCAUUAGAUCAGACAUUGUUGUUCUCCCUCACUCGCGGUGAAGCCGGACAAACGUCUGAGAGCAGCUUGACCUGUGGAGUGGUUCCACUCGGAGACUAAAAGCUACCGAGCCGAGUCCCCGAGCAGCCUUUCCUCCCGUGUGUCGACAAUAUCAGACAUCUGAUUUACAAAGAGGGAGCCAGAGGGAUUGUGUUACACAAUGAUUUGAAAGCCGCCGGUGGUCACCAUGAGGCUCCAGCAUCACAUUUACAGAUUACAGGCUGAGAACUGGGCCACAUUACAGCAUGGUGAAGAACACAUCAUUUAGAUACGAGUGUGGAGCUGCAAUCCAGGAAUUAUGUCGGCCGCAAAACACGAGGAUCCCCGGUGAUACCGUCCUGGUGUUGACGCAGGAGAUAGGGCCAAGGCCUGCGUGUGCAUCACACUUCCACACUCCAACUGUCAGACCCAUUGUGUUAUCUGAGCAGGAUAACACAGUGUAAACCAGUAGAUUCCCUCCAGUUAUGACUCGACAUGACAGAGAAUGUAACAGAAGAUGUUCUUCACUUUGUGAAAGUGCAUUACACAAAUAUACAGUAAAACAUGAAGCUUUGAAC